ACAGAAUCAAAAAGAGAGACGAACAAAAUUAUGGAUUUGAAAAAAGCAUCUUUCUUUUUUUACUUUCUUAUCUUUCUCCAUCUGCAACACGGCUUUUUUACUCAUGCGAUCUCUCGACCUUCAACUCCUUCUCCCUCCGUUGAUCCAAACCAUGGCACUCUCCCGAAGCCGGUAGGUGACGUAGUAACGGAAUUAGCAGUCGUUGUUAAGAAGGGAGGCGGAGGUGGAGGAAGAGGCGGAGGCAGCUUCGGCGGGGGAGGACGUAGCUUUGGUGGAGGAGGACGAGGUUUUGGCGGGGGAUCACGCGGACGAGGCGGUGGAAGUAGUGGCGGUCGAGAGACUUCUGGUAAAGGAGGAGGAGGAAUACGUCCGAUUCCGAUUUAUGGCGGGGGAUCGCACCACGGUGGUCAUCGUUCAAGCGGCGGCCGGGAAACUGAUGGCGGUUGGUUAGGUUUUUCGAUUUUAGCCGGUUUGAUUUUGGUUUUCUAGAGUUUCUAUAUUUGAUUUUGCCGGUUUAGGUUAAAUGUUUGAUACCGGUUUUAUUUCCCACUGGUUUGUUCUCUGGAUAUAUCUUAUGUAGAAGUUUGUUGAGAUUCACUUAACUGAUUUCAGUAAACUAGAGAAUAUAUAUUUUCGGUAA